AUGGAAAGUCGUCAGUUGAAGACGUCGACAGGAUCGAACAAGUUCCACUCGAGCGAAUGCCUCCCCAAAUCCUACGUCAUCGAAGACUACUCGGGCGAUGAGGGCAAUCCGUGA